AUGUCGCUCGCACAAAAGAUUGCAGGAAAGCUGUCGCGAGAGCAGACGUCCGAAAGGCAUCCGGAAAAAGUUUUGAAGGAGUUCAUCACGGAGGACCCCGACUCUACGUACACGUUUGACAGUGAGCGCGACGCCCCUCAGUCAGAGCUAUGCAGGGAAGGGAAGAACAAGGGCAGAGAAUGCAUGAUGCUGCAAAUGCAUUCCACACGGCUCUUCCAGGCGAUGCAGGACCAAGGUUUUUACUGCGCCCUGCCCAUGGAUCCCACGCGGACGUACAUCGAAUGCAAGCGGUUACCCAAGUAA